AUGUCGAACAUGUCGCAAGACGACGUGACGACUGGUCUGCGGACAGUUCAGCAAGGACUUGAAGCUCUUCGUGAGGAGCAUUCAGCCAUUUCAAAUACUCUGGAGACCAGUGUCAAAGGCGUCAAAGAAGAUGAAGCUCCACUUCCAAAACAGAAAUUAACCCAAAUUAAUGAUAAUUUGGACAAAUUGAUGUGCGGAGUCGACGAGACUUCUUUGAUGUUGAUGGUGUUCCAACUCACACAAGGAAUGGACGCCCAGCAUCAGAAGUAUCAAGCUCAACGAAGACGUUUGUGUCAGGAGAACGCUUGGCUUCGUGAUGAAUUGAGUUCGACUCAAAUCAAAUUGCAACAAUCGGAACAAAUGGUUGCUCAGUUGGAAGAGGAGAAUAAGCAUCUGAAGUAUAUGGCAUCAAUCAAGCAGUUUGAUGAUGGAACUCAAAACGAUACCAAGACAACCUCUGAUUCUGGACCACAACCAGUCACUAGUGAGACUCUUCAAGAGCUUGGAUUCGGACCAGAAGACGAGGAAGAUCUGAAUACCAGUCAAUUCGCUCAGCCAACUCCAGCUCACUCGAUGGCUGCUUCUGCAAACGUUGGAUACGAAAUUCCAGCUCGUCUCCGCACUCUUCAUAACUUGGUGAUUCAGUACGCAUCACAAGGAAGAUAUGAAGUUGCUGUUCCAUUGUGCAAACAAGCAUUGGAAGAUUUGGAGAAGACGAGUGGACACGAUCAUCCAGAUGUUGCCACGAUGCUCAAUAUUCUUGCACUUGUCUACAGAGACCAGAAUAAGUACAAGGAGGCUGCAAAUCUUCUGAAUGAAGCAUUGAGUAUUCGUGAAAAAUGUCUUGGAGAGAGUCAUCCAGCUGUCGCCGCUACUCUCAACAAUCUCGCAGUUUUGUUCGGAAAACGUGGAAAGUUCAAGGACGCCGAGCCACUUUGCAAGCGUGCUCUUGAAAUUCGUGAGAAAGUUCUUGGAGAUGAUCAUCCAGAUGUGGCGAAACAGCUCAAUAACCUUGCACUUCUUUGUCAAAAUCAAGGAAAAUACGAAGAAGUCGAGAAAUAUUAUAAGAGAGCUCUCGAAAUCUACGAGAGCAAACUUGGACCAGAUGACCCGAAUGUGGCGAAAACAAAGAAUAACUUGUCGUCAGCUUACUUGAAACAAGGAAAAUAUACGGAUGCUGAGGAGUUGUACAAACAGAUUUUGACCCGAGCACAUGAGAAAGAUUACGGACAAGUGUCUGCUGACAAUAAGACAAUCUGGCAGAUUGCAGAGGAACGAGAGGAGAAUAAGCAUAAAUUGGAAGGUGUCGCAGCAAAUGAAUCCGCUGGAUGGGCGAAGGCAGCGAAAGUUGACAGCCCAACUGUGACCACAACCCUCAAAAACCUUGGAGCCCUCUACCGUCGACAAGGAAAAUAUGAAGCCGCCGAGACGUUAGAAGAUGUUGCGAUGAGAGCUAAGAAGCAGCAUGAACCAUUACGAGGUCCAGCACUCGGAGGUGUCGAUGAGAUGACUGCGUCAAUGAUGGGAUCAACGAUCGGAGGAUCCAGAAUGACAGCGAGUACAUCUCAGACCGGACUCAAGAAUAAACUAAUGAAUGCACUUGGAUUCAAUUCAUAA